AUGGGGCGGCAGCCUUCCGCUUUGCACGCUGCUGGUGGUGGUAUAGUGGCUCCGGCUGCUUCGGCGCUGUUGCACGUCCCGCUCGACGUAUGGCUGCUCAUCCUGCGCCAUCUCCCUGCCGCCUCCUACGCUGCCCUCUCGCAGGUCUGCCGACGUCUGCUGCAUCUGAUCGACCAGCACGCAUGGCGUGUGCUGCUCCUCUCUCUCUACCCAAUCAUAUCGCUGUCUUCCCUGGCGCCGUUUCACCGCGAGUACGUCGAGCAUGCGAAGCGCACGCGCUCAUCGCGUCUGGCCGCACGCUCACUCGAAUGGUUCGUCUGCCGCCACGCCGCACAACUGCACACCAGCUGGAACGAGCUCGUGCUCGAGGCGCAGUCGAUCGACCUGCCCGCAGCGCUGAGAGCCAAGAUCCCACCCGCCGGUAGACCGCGAUGGCAACGUGGCGACUUUGCAAUCCCCACGCUGGCGAUCGGCGACUCUUGGACAGCCGUCGGCGUGCGAUGCGACCUCUUCAUCGCCCCCACACCCGGCCCCACCUCGCCUCCUGCGCUCGAAGCGAGGUUCACGCUGGAUAGUCGCUCUCAGCCCGGAACGAUGCUCACACCGGCCCAGGGGAGGGUGGCGGCCAAGACGGAUCCAUGGCACGACAUCACCGCCAUUCGACCCGUCGACGCUGCCGCAUCCAGGCUGGUCGUGGGGUACGCGGACGGCAGCGUCCAGGUGCUUGCUGUGCACUCGUCGAAAUCAGUCGAGGUGCACAAGACGUUUGCAUCCAUGGGUCGAUUCGAGAUCGCAGGCGUAUCCGUCUUCUCGCCCGAGCACGAUGAGGAGGCAUGGAUCGCAUCCAUAUCAAAACGCGGGCAGCUGCGCGUCCACCUGGGUGCGGAGUCGAUCGCGUGGCAGAUGGAUGAAGACGGCACAGCUUCCCCGACCACCGACACUCCCGACUCGGAGUCGUCGCGCUCCUCUACACCGCGCAGCUUUCGCAGUGCUGCGUUUAACAAUGCACCCGCCGAAGGUGGUGUGGGCGCGCGCGCGUGGUCGGUACUGCUGCACGAGCGGUGGGUGGCAGUGGGAAUGACGGGCGAGAAGGCGGUGUACAUCUAUCCGCUCCUACGCAGCGCAGGGCUGGAGCUGGGCGAACCGAUGUACGUCGGCACGCGGCAGCGCACGUCUGUGUUUGCGCUUGCCACCGCGCCUGCGCACUCGCACAUCCCAUCCUGGCUCCUCUUUGCCGGAUUCUAUGACGGCUCCGUUCGCGUCUACGACACACGCAGCCUCAACCAGCCCGGCCGAAGGAGACGAGAGAUGGAUGCAAUCGCCGUAUUGAAAGAGCACCAUCCUACCGAUGCCGUAUACAGUUUGGCGUUUGGUGGGCCGCGUGCGCACCUCCUCAUCGCAGGUGGAGCACGUCACGCCCAAGUGCGCGUAUUCGACAUCGAGUUCCUCGAGCACUACACCGUUCCGCUCCUCGACUCCCCCGGUGCCACCAAGCCCAAUACAGGAUGGACCGCUUUCGCCCUCCCCAGCACCGACAGCCCACAGUACGCAGUGGCUGCCACACCCACCCACCUCCUCGGCGUCACGGACCGCAAAUUCUGGUGGCUCAACUUCGCCUCUCCCCUGCUCACACACCCACGCUCACCGCCAAUAGCGUACUUUGGCCAUGCAAAUCCCGAGCUGCUGUACUCAUCCUGCACAUUGUAG